AUGGAAACAGCAAGCAAUACAGUGGAAGAAACGGAUACAGUAAAACAUAAAGUAAAACAGUGUAAAUGCGGCUCAGCCACCCAUAUAAGAGUAAACAGCAAUGAAUACCCCCUAAAAAAGCAAAAAGAACCAACGCACGGUCCAGAUGAGGAAAAAGAGAUCUUCGUGAUCAAAUGCUUCUUGAAAAAUAUCUGUAGAAACGCUAAGCUUAUUGAUCAAAUAUCUCUCAUCACGGCACACACAACAAAAGUGAUGUGGCUCUUAACGAAGGGUGAAGAAGUUCCGAUUAUGAGUCAGAAUGAUAUCUACUCCAUCUUUACCGUCGUCACUGUGAAAAAGAUGUACAUUAUGGAAGAAAAAUUAGUCACCGUUGCCUCCAAGUUAUACAUUAAUAGGAGGUUAAAAGAACUAACGUUUACUUCAAUACUCAAUAGACGAAGCUUCAAAUCUUUGCAGGAACAAGUUCUCCAAAGCAUUAAUUCAAAUGUUCCACUCAUCCUUGGGCGGAAAUUAUCCAAAGCCAAGCUUCAUUUACCUGCUCUGGAAACGCUUGUCACAAGUGUCAAGUCAAGAAUUGCUGAUGAAACAUUCACGUGUGAAAAAUUUACAAAUAAACGUGGCUAUCGGGUUUUCACUCUAUUACCGAUCUAUUCAUUUAAAACAAAGUUAGUCCAAAUAGAUGCCACAGCUUUUUGGCGACUAGUGAAAGAAUCUAAUAUUGAAAAUUACCCAAAAAGUACUAAAAUAGAACCGGAUCUAUUAGGUUUCUACUAUAAGCUUUUUGACUUUUCCAAACUGGGAUUUCGCUCUCGAAAAGAAUCUUUCACAAGGAAAAAAGCAGUUCAAGCAAAAAAACAGCCAGCCGACUUUCUUGAAGAUAUUGAAAACGGCUGUAUUGUCUGGAGAGUAGACCCUGGUGUCAAUACAAUCUUCACCGCCGUAGAUACACCUGGGAGGCAAAGGACAACCAGCUUAGACGAAUAUUAUCAUUUAUGUGGUUAUAAUGAUGCAACGUUUAUACAAAAUCAGCAUCAGAAGCAACACAUGGCUGAAUACUCGAAAAUAUCAAACCUGAGCUCAUUGAAGACAUCGAUUAUCAAGGAUUUUAUUAAAGCAUGCAAAGAAAGACUUGCCUUAUAUGACGAUAUUAAAAAGUAUUAUAACGAGAAUAAUUGGAAGUCCAAACUGAAAUUCCAAUAUUACAUGAAGAAACAAAAAGGUGUGCAUGAGAUUUGCGAGAGGUUCGUCUAUAACAGCAGCAAAUAUCAUCAGAAGUCAUCUACUGGUGUAAAGUCAGCUAUUGAUAAUUUCACGAGGCAACAGGUCGUCGCCAGUCAGAACUAUUACAAAAGCGCUGAAGAGUACAAGAUCAGAAAAGUCGAGAAUGUGGUGACCAAAAAAUCAAAGCGAAGAGUACACACAAUAUUACAGUGUCAACAAAAUAUUUGUAAUAUUGUAUCGAAUUGCGACAUUAUGGCAGCUCACAACAUCUUGGACAUGUUUUUAUUUGCUUCGAAAAACAAUAAUCAGCGUCCGAGCCAAUUCAAGCGUAAAGACGCAACCAUCGAUGAACCAUCCCCUCUUUACAUUUUUAAAGAUGCAAGAAAAUCCAUAAGACUCAAGAACAUUAGAAAGCUUUUCUCAACAGUGAAAAUCGAAAACGAAUUAUAA